GACAGUAUAAAGAUGGAGGAGUUCUCAGACUUUUCUAUCUCUCUCUCCUGUCAUUCAGGUAUCUCUCCUGCUGCUGACUCUAGAACUCAUCUCUCUCCUGUCAUUCAGAUCAACAUGAAGAUCUCUAUCUUUGCUGGUGUUCUGCUGAUCUCUGCUGCUCUCAUGUUCCUGGGACCAGAAACUGCAGAUGCUCAGAAUAAUAAUAUGGUCAUUGGGCAGAUGAAUCCUGCUGACUGUACCCAGAUGAUGAAUGAAAGAUUUAACAUUGACAACCAAAAAGACUGUAGGAAUUUCCAAAGAUUCGUCAUAGGGAAUUUUGAGGCUGUCAGAGUCAUCUGUGGGGAUAGAACCAGAGCAAUCACAAGUUUUUUCAAAGUUGUUGAAUGCACCUUUGUGGAGGGGAAGAGUCUCAAGCCUCCAUGUGUUUAUAAGGGUAAGGCAACUAACAAGAGAAUUGCUGUCAAAUGUGUCAACGGCAAUCCUACUAACUUUGAAAUUUGGUAAUUAUCACCUGAUCUAUUACUACCUGAUGAA